AUGGAAACUUUAAUUGAGAAAAAAAAUUGCUUACAACCAUACUAAGAAUUGAUAAUUUGCGUAAAGCAAGCUGCAUAACAAUCAAACCCCAAUAAAAGACCAUCAUAUACAUCUAUCUGUUAAGUAAAAUUAAAUGUAUUCCUAGCAAUCAUUUUAGAAAUUAGGUUUGUGUGUUGUAAAAGAGGAGAAAUGA